AUGGAGGCGGCGAUGGAUCUGAUGCGGCGGAUGCCGCCGCGGAGCGCGGAGACGGCGCUCAACGCGCUGCUCUCCCUCCUCCCCGACCACUCCCUCGACCUCCUCUCCCAGGUCGACCUCCCGCUCCAGGUUUGCAUGGAUAAGGAGAGCUUGAAGGAAUACAUUCUAUGUGAAUAUAACCGUGACGCUGACUCCUACAGAUCUCCUUGGUCAAACAAAUAUGAUCCCCCUUUGGAAGACGGGACAGUUCCUUCUCAAGAGAUGAGGAAUCUUGAGGUUGAGGCAAAUGAAGUUUUCUCAGUGUAUCGUGAUCAGUACUAUGAAGGUGGCAUCUCAUCUGUUUACAUUUGGGAGGAUGAAGAUAAUGGGUUUAUCGCAUGCUUCUUAAUUAAGAAAGACGGACAAGGAAAAAGAGGGUACAUGCAGAUUGGUUCAUGGGAUGCUAUUCAUGUUAUUCAGGUUGGUACUGAAGAAGAAGGAGCGGCACAUUACUGCUUGAACAGCACUGUGAUGCUCUCAUUGACAACAGACAACAAGCAGUCUGGAACCUUCAACUUGUCUGGAUCAAUUAGACGGCAGAUGAGUAUGACCCUUGCUGUAGCUGAUGGACACCUUGUUAAUAUGGGGAAAAUGAUAGAAGAGAUGGAGGGGAAGCUGAGAAAUUCACUGGACCAGGUUUAUUUCGGGAAGACCAGAGAAAUGGUUUGCACUCUUCGGCCACCACCAGAAGUGCUUAAUAUGAGACUACCUGACAGCUGA